AUGGACCAGCGCCGUAGUGAGGUGAUGGAGCUAAACCUUGCAACCCACCCCUGGCAUGUCGCCUGUAUGGAUGAUGUCGAUUUGCGACAGGAAAUCCUCCAGCGGACACUUAAAGAGGUAGCUGAUGAGGAGAAAGAGUCGGCAAAUCCUUGUGUUAUUUGCCUAGACACUAUCACAGAGCCCUGUGUGGCACAGCCAUGCCACCAUGUCAACUUCGACUUCCUAUGCCUUGUCAGUUGGAUUGAGCAGCAGCCAAAAUGCCCGCUAUGUAAAGUCGAGUUGACAGCAGUGCAAUACGAACUCAACGCUACACAAGGUCCGAAGCUAUACAAGGUCCCGCCGCCGAGCACAACAAUCCCGGCAGCUCCAGCCGUUGUUCACUCACGUCCUCGUAAUCGCUAUGGCCCACGAGGAGGGCGACGUCCUCCACCCCCACCACGACUAUCGCCAGAUGACCCGCUCGAGCGCCGGCGCAAUGUCUAUCGCAACCAUACAUACUCCAUGCGGGUUGGGUCCAAUCGGUUGUCCCAGUAUCGAGAAUUGACGCCUGACCUCUUCAGUCGUGACGAGGAGCUCGUCUCGCGCGCUCGGAAAUGGAUCCGCCGCGAACUACGAGUCUUUUCUUUCUUGAACCCGGAACCGGAGGAAGUAGAGCGGACAACCUACCAGGUCCCGCGCCCUGGACCCGAACGGCUGGAGAAUCGCAGGGCGAACAAUGCCGAGUUCUUGCUGGAAUAUGUCAUCGCUAUCUUGCGCACGGUCGAUCUCAAGGGCAGUGCUGGACAGGCGGAGGAGCUGUUGCGUGAUUUCAUUGGCCGUGAGAAUGCCUGUCUGUUCCUACAUGAGCUACAGGCGUGGCUGAGGAGUCCGUAUAAUUCUUUAGAGGACUGGGACCGUCAUGUUCAGUACUCGAAUACUCCGCGGAGUACGUCUGACGGAGGGAUCAUCUUUCAUGCACACGUCCUUCGAGGGCUCCUAAAGGCGAAUAAGGGUACCAUGUUCCUGUUACCCGGAGGGUCGGUCGUAAAUUGCAUCAAACGGUAUAAUCAGAGAGGCCCCGAUAACCUCGCUCGACUGGAGGUAAACCUCCUACGCGGAGUACGGCUGCUAGGUCAAUUCCCAUUUUUCCAAUGUGACCCCGAGGAUUUGGCAGAACAAUGUAAGGCGAAAACGACUAGGGAGUUGAUGCAAAGAAGACGGCGCGCGAAGAAGGUCGAAGCUAAUAAUAAGCGGCUGGCCCUCGAGUUAGACAUGGUUGUUCUCGUCUUUCCUGAUCGUAACGACUUGCUGACGUUUGAGCCUAUCGGCGAUAAGUUCCGUGACUCCAGCGCUAUCUUGGGCGAGGGUCGUUUGGGCACGCAACUGAGUCAAUUUAGUCAGCACCCACUUCAUAUAGUGAAGAUCUCGCAGGAUCUCGAUGAGAGACAUCUUACGGUGAAUGAUAACAGCGAGACUACGGGGAUCUCGGGGUAUCAAGCCAAGCCCGCCUUCAUCCUCGACCGACUGCAGCACCGCCACUAUUUGGGUACCUUGAUGUUUACCGACAACAGCUACAAGCACAGUGUGACUCCUGCACAUCAAUUUCGCCAGGAAGAAGGUGCCGUCCACGAUAUGCUGAUCCUCAUCACUCGGAAGCCUGAGCUGCCAGGAUAUCCGUCCAAAAUCAUGGAUUCGAUGGAACCGAACCGGCGACUUCCACUGCAGUUUCCGCUAUGGCUACCUUACGGAUUCCAAUAG